AUGGAUCCAGGAUUUACUGUAUCCCUGGAUCAUGUCUAUGCUGAAUAUGAGGCAGAGCUAGAGGACACACAGCCGCAAAGCGAUAUUGAUGAGCCAGUUUCUGAGGAGGAAGACGACAUGGAGUACCAACCGGAAGACUCAGACACAGACACAUCUGAUCAGUCUGAUGAGGAGGCCACCAGUGCUGAAGCCGCUCCCGCUGCUGCUGCUGCUGCUGCUGCUGCUGCUGACACAUUCAAUUCCAAAUGUGGCAGCAUCUGUUGGAGCUCAGUACCUCCUGACGUGCAAGGCGGUGCAGCUCCUGCAAACGUCAUCAAAAUGACCCCUGGGAUCACACGGUUUGCUGUGACGAGAGUAAGUGACAUCAAGUCAUGUUUUAAUCUGUUUUUGCCAUGGUCAAUAAAAAAAAUCAUCAUUGAUAUGACAAACCUUGAAGGAAAAAGAGUCCACAAAGACACGUGGCAUGACAUUGAUGAGACACACCUGGAUGCCUUCAUUGGUAUUGCUCUUCUUGCUGGAGUGUACAGAUCCAGCAAUGAGGCCACAGAGAGUCUCUGGGACGCGUCGACAGGCAGGGAUAUUUUCCGAGCAACAAUGUCACUUUACUCCUUUCGAAACCUAUCAACAGCCAUCAGGUUUGACGAGAGAGACGUCAGAGUAAGAUCUGACAAGCUUGCUCCCAUCAGGAAUGUCUGGGAGAAAUGGGUGCAGCGCCUUCCACUGAUGUUCAACCCAGGGCCAGAGGUCACAGUAGAUGAACGUUUACUCCAUUUCCGUGGAAAAUGCCCCUUCCGGCAAUACAUGCCCAGUAAGCCAGGCAAAUAUGGCAUAAAAAUCUGGGCAGCCUGUGAUGCAAGAACCAGUUAUGCAUGGAAUCUGCAGAUUUACACAGGCAAAGAUGCAAGCGGCAUCCCUGAAAAAAAACAAGGAAAACGUAUAGUCCUCGAUAUGGCUACUGGACUGCAGGGUCACAACAUCACUUGUGACAAUUUUUUUACCAGCUAUGAACUUGGACAAGAACUUCUCAGGAGGAAACUCACCAUGGUGGGCACAAUAAGAAAAAACAAAUCUGAGCUGCCCGCUGAAAUGUUGGAGAUGAAGAACAGGGAUCCACUUUCCUCAAAGUUUGUUUUUACAGACACCACCACACUUGUUUCCUACUGUCCAAGAAAAGGCCGAAAUGUGAUGCUGAUGUCCACUCGUCACAAAGAUGCAGCUGUGUCAUCAGAAAAAGACAAAAAGCCCAUAAUCAUCCUGGACUACAACAAAAACAAAGGAGGAGUGGACACCCUGGACAAGCUGACUGCCACCUACACUUGCCAGCGAAUGACCAGGAGAUGGUCAAUGGUUGUGUUUUACAACAUCCUCGAUGUGUCUGCAUACAACGCAUUUGUGUUGUGGACCCACAUUAACGAAGGGUGGAACUCAAACAGAAAAAACAAGCGGAGAUUGUUUCUUCAGGAGCUAGGAAGCUCACUUGUCAAGGCGCACAUUGAGCGAAGGGGAUCUGUGCCUCGAGACCCAGGCGCUGCAGCCUUGGUCAGACAGAUACAGAACCCACUGAGCCCUCCAUCCACGCCAACACGAAGAGGAUUAGUGCCAGUGUCCCCCAUAGCCAGCCCUUCCUCAAAAUCAACCACAGCAGCUGCAGCCACAACCCCAAAGAAACUACCUGAGCCUAAAAGGAAGAGGUGUCAGGUCUGCCCUAGCAGUACAGACAGAAAGACAAGCAAAGUGUGCUUCAAAUGCAAAAGAUAUCUCUGCCAAGAACACAUUCGCAGUGUCCAUUAUUGCGACGACUGCAACUAA